AUGUCCCUUUGCAAGAUUAGAUUGCAAGAAGAAAGAAAACAGUGGAGGAAAGAUCAUCCGUUUGGCUUUUUUGCCAAACCAGCUAAAAACGCAGACGGCUCGUUGAAUUUGCAACUAUGGUCCGCAGGGGUGCCAGGCAAAGAAGGCACAAUAUGGGAAGGUGCCAUCUACCCGAUCAAAUUGGAGUUCCCCGACGAGUACCCGUCGAAACCGCCAAAAGUCAAGUUCCCCCAGGGGUUUUUCCACCCAAACGUGUAUCCCAGCGGCACGAUAUGUUUGAGUAUUUUGAAUGAAGAACAGGAUUGGAAACCCGCAAUCACCUUGAAACAGUUGGUGUUGGGCGUUCAAGAGCUAUUGGACACUCCGAAUGCAGAGUCGCCUGCUCAAGAGGCCGCGUACAAGACGUUUGUCAAGGAUAAGAAUGCUUAUACUAAAAAAGUGAGAGAACAGGCAAAGAAGUUUGCCAGUGUGUAG